AUGCCAUUCAUCGAGGGAAUGUACAGUGGUUUUGCUUUCUCUCUCUUUCUUUUCCUGAUGACGAAUCCCUUAAGAUGGUAUCUCAUACAAAAGAAGAAAAACAAAAUUAUAUGCAAGAAAUGGAAAACCGCAGACAUUUGUACCAGGCUGUCUUCUCCUUUUCUUUUUCUUCACGAGAAUGAGAGAGGGAUCAAGCUGUCUGGCAGAUCCAGAGGUUUGUUGGUUGGUGUGUUGGGAGGAUUAGCCCACCCCCUUGAGGUACUCUGCCAGGGCUUCUACGGUGUUGGUGGCGGCACCCGGCUGGACGGUCUCUGGGUAGUGUGCAAGGAGGAGGGCCAUCUUAGUCCUGACGAUGACGAUGCCGGUUUUCCCCUAAGAUGCUGUAAGUAUACGGAAUUCGGAGUUAAAGAGGUGAAUGCGUACAAGCUUGCCGUAGACUCUGCUGUCAUCGGCCCUGAGAGUGAAGAACUUCUCUCCGCCGACGUGGAAGCCGUUGGUCUAAGCAACGAGACAGACAGGCAGACAGCAAAGCCAGUGCGGAAAAAAGCAUACUUUGAAACCAGGAGAGGUAGCCCAUGCGCUGGUGCCAUCCUUGUCGAAAAUAGCGGCCUGGUCGAUGUUGCCGGAGCCAACAAGGCUGCAGAGUCAAAGGUGUUAGAUAUAGAUCAGGGAGACGCGGGGGCCCAGGUACCUGCUGUCAACGUAUGCUGCCGACGACAGUUAGCAGGUCUCUACACGCAUACACGACGGAGAAAGCAGCCGGCAGCAGACAUACCUUGCCAGGACAUGAUGCUUGGUGAUGCCUAUCUGUGUGCGAAGCAGAGCAGCGUCUGUGAGCGGCUGAGCAGUGCGGAUAGCUGUUGCGCAGUGUGCGGUGCGAAGGACGAAGCCGGCGAUGUCGAGGUUGUCGCAGCAGCAGUGACAUCUGCAGACAGAAUCGAUGGCUGGCUGGCGGCAUCUCCAGGUCUAGAGCAGUCUUCCCGGCCGUCGUUCUCGUCUUCUGGCGGCGGUGGUGGUGGAGGUACCGGCAGCCCUGCAAUCUUCAACCAGACGCCACGGAUCCCCCGGCCAGACAACAAGAAACGCAGACAGAUGCAGGGCCUGAUAUCGUCGGGGAGCGAGAUGCAGCGUCGCCCUAUUACACCUCAGCGCGGCGUCGCGGCAGCAGCAGCAACACAGAAGCAGCACAGAAGCAGCACAGAAGCAAACAGAAGCAUCAGCAAUCUGCAGCUUCAGCUUUUUAAAUAUGGCCAAGAUGGCAUCGAAAUGAACAGGGAACGCCGGCGUCGAUAUGCACAUCAUGGCUAA